GGAGCCAGGGGUUCAGAGGUGCGGCCCCCUUCGGGGUGCGGGGCGCGGCCUCGGCGUCCCGGGGACCCAGGAAUGUCCCCCCGCCAGCCGGCCCGGCGGCCGGGGGGAGGGCCCAGCCGGGAGUUUGGCAAACUCCUCCCCGCGUUGAGUCAUUCGCCUCUGGGAGGUUUAGGAAGCGGCUCCGGGUCGGUGGCCCCAGGACAGGGAAGAGCGGGCGCUAUGGGGAGCAGGACGCCACGGUCGCCACAGUCUCCUCUCCACGCGGUGCCGCUGCGCUGGGGGCCCCGCGCCCUGCUGCUGCCGCUGCUGCUGCUACUGUGGCGGCCACCACUCCAGGUUGGGGGCUUCAACCUAGACGCGGAGGCCCCAGCGGUGCUCUCCGGGCCCCCCGGCUCCCUCUUCGGCUUCUCCGUGGAGUUUUACCGGCCGGGAAGGGACGGGGUCAGUGUGCUGGUGGGAGCACCCAAGGCUAACACUAGCCAGCCAGGGGUACUGCAGGGUGGUGCCGUCUACAUCUGUCCGUGGGACAACAGCCCUACCCAGUGCACCACCAUUCAGUUUGACAGCAAAGGUUCCCGGAUCCUGGAGCCCUCACUAUCCAGUGCCACGGGAGAGGAGCCUGUGGAGUACAAGUCCUUGCAGUGGUUCGGGGCAACGGUUCGAGCCCAUGGCUCCUCUAUCUUGGCAUGUGCUCCACUGUACAGCUGGCGCACAGAAAAGGAGCCUCAGCACGACCCCGUGGGCACCUGCUACCUCUCCACAGACAAUUUCACCCGGGUUCUGGAGUAUGCACCUUGCCGCUCAGAUUUCGGCAGCGCGGCAGGGCAGGGCUACUGCCAAGGGGGCUUCAGUGCUGAGUUCACCAAGACCGGCCAUGUGGUCCUGGGUGGUCCUGGGAGCUACUUCUGGCAAGGCCAGAUCCUGUCCGCCACUCAAGAGCAGAUCUCAGAGUCCUAUUACCCAGAAUACCUCAUCAACCCGGUACAGGGGCAGCUACAGACCCGCCAGGCCAGCUCCAUAUAUGAUGACAGCUACUUGGGGUACUCUGUGGCCGUGGGUGAAUUCAGCGGUGAUGACACUGAAGACUUUGUUGCUGGUGUGCCCAAAGGAAACCUCACCUAUGGCUAUGUCACCGUCCUUAAUGGCUCAGAUAUCCACUCCCUCUACAAUGUCUCAGGAGAACAGAUGGCCUCCUAUUUCGGCUACGCUGUGGCUGCCACUGAUACCAAUGGGGAUGGGCUAGAUGACCUGCUGGUAGGGGCACCCUUGCUCAUGGAACGGACAGCUGACGGGAGGCCUCAGGAGGUGGGCAGGGUUUACAUCUACCUGCAGCACCCAGCUGGCAUAGAGCCCACACCCACCCUCACCCUCACUGGCCAAGAUGAGUUCGGCCGAUUUGGAAGCUCCUUGACACCUCUGGGGGACCUGGACCAAGAUGGCUACAAUGAUGUCGCCAUUGGAGCACCAUUUGGUGGGGAGACCCUGCAGGGAGUCGUGUUUAUAUUCCCCGGAGGCCCAGGCGGACUGAGCACUAGGCCUUCCCAGGUUCUGCAGCCCCUGUGGGCAGCUGACCAUACGCCAGACUUCUUUGGUUCCGCCCUUCGAGGAGGCCAGGAUCUGGACGGCAAUGGAUACCCUGAUCUAAUCGUUGGGUCAUUCGGUGUGGACAAGGCUCUGGUGUACAGGGGGCGGCCUAUCGUGUCUGUCAGCUCAUCUCUCACCAUCUUUCCCUCCAUGUUCAACCCAGAGGAGCGCAGUUGCAGCCUGGAAGGAAACCCUGUGUCCUGCAUCAACCUUAGCUUCUGCCUCAACGCCUCUGGAAAACACGUCCCCAACUCUAUAGGUUUCGAGGUUGAACUCCAGCUGGACUGGCAGAAGCAGAAGGGAGGGAUCCGACGGGCGCUCUUCCUGGCCUCCAAGCAGGCCACCCUUACCCAGACCCUGCUUAUCCAGAAUGGGGCUCGGGAAGACUGCAGGGAGAUGAAGAUCUACCUCAGGAACGAGUCAGAAUUCCGAGACAAACUCUCCCCAAUUCACAUUGCCCUCAACUUCUCCUUGGACCCCAAAGCCCCCAUGGACAGCCAUGGCCUGCGGCCAGUCCUACACUACCAGAGCAAGAGUCGGAUAGAGGACAAGGCCCAGAUCUUGCUGGACUGCGGUGAGGACAACAUCUGUGUGCCUGACCUGCAGCUGGCUGUGUAUGGGGAGAAGAAACAAGUGUACCUGGGUGACAAGAACUCGCUGAACCUGACAUUCCAUGCCCAGAAUCUGGGUGAGGGUGGCGCCUAUGAGGCUGAGCUUUGGGUCACAGCCCCUCUGGAGGCCGAGUACUCAGGACUUGUCAGACACCCAGGGAACUUUUCCAGCCUGAGCUGUGACUACUUUGCUGUGAACCAGAGCCGCCAGCUGGUGUGUGACCUGGGCAACCCCAUGAAGGCAGGCGCCAGUCUUUGGGGUGGCCUUCGGUUCACUGUUCCUCAUCUUCAAGACACAAAGAAAACCAUCCAGUUCGACUUCCAGAUUCUCAGCAAGAACCUGAACAAUUCACAAAGCAAUGUGGUCUCCUUCCCACUCUCCGUGGAGGCUCAAGCCCAGGUCUCCCUUAAUGGUGUCUCCAAGCCUGAAGCUGUGAUCUUCCCGGUUAGCGACUGGGACCCCCAAGACCAGCCUCAGAAGGAGGGAGACUUGGGCCCUGCUGUCCACCAUGUCUAUGAGCUCAUCAACCAGGGCCCCAGCUCCAUCAGCCAGGGCGUACUGGAGCUUAGCUGUCCCCAGGCUCUGGAAGGCCAGCAGCUCCUCUAUGUGACCAGGGUGACAGGACUCAGCAACUGUACCUCCAACUAUUCCCCCAACUCACAAGGCCUGGAGUUGGAUCUGGAGAGUUCCCCACACCACCUGCAGAAACGAGAGGCUCCAGGCAGGAGUUCUACCGCCUCUGGGCCACAAGUCCUGAAAUGUCCUGAAGCCAAGUGCUUCAGGUUGCGUUGUGAAUUUGGGCCACUGCACCGCCAAGAGAGCCGGAGUCUGCAGCUGCAUUUCCGAGUCUGGGCCAAGACCUUCCUGCGGCGCGAACACCAGCCAUUUAGCCUGCAGUGUGAGGCUGUGUAUGAAGCCCUGAAGAUGCCCUACCAAAUCCUGCCUCAACAGCUGCCACAGAAGAAACUUCAGGUGGCCACAGCCGUGCAGUGGACCAAGGCAGAAGGCAGCAAUGGCGUCCCCUUGUGGAUCAUUGUCCUAGCCAUCCUUUUUGGGCUCCUGCUCCUAGGUCUACUCAUCUACGUCCUCUACAAGCUUGGCUUCUUCAAACGCUCCCUCCCAUACGGCACAGCCAUGGAAAAAGCUCAGCUCAAGCCUCCAGCCACCUCAGAUGCCUGAGUCCUCCUGAUCCCAGACUCCUGAUCCUGAAGAGCCAGUCCCCUACCUGCCAACAGGGAGGGACCAGGCACUUCCUGAAGGUGCUGAGAGCUGGGGAGACUCUGUUCUCCUUAGCCCAAAGACAUACUUGAAGGGCCAGAGAUGGGGGACGAGAAGCUGGAGAUGUGUCCCCCAUGCACUGUGAAGGACCCUCGUUUACACAUGCCCUCUCAUGGAUGGGGGCCUCAGGGCCAGGGACAGAAGCCUCAGCCUUCCUUCAGCCUUGCGUUUUGGAGACUUAUGAAAGCUACUUGGAGCCAUAAUAGGAGAUCCAGCAGUGGUUCCCUGGGCCAGACAUACCGCCAGGACUUCUUGUCUGGUUCCAGCCUGCAGCUAAGAGUCUGAGACUUAGGGUAGUGAGACCUGGCAGCUCCGGUAGACCCCAUCCUGGAGGGCCAAUAAAGAACACUAACCAUGGACGGUGCCGCAGGGCCAGCUCAGGACAAAUCCCGUACCCAGGUCUGGGAAGUCACGAGAACGGAACCAGACCUAGGCUGGGGCCUGGGGUCGGUCUGGAGCCCAGUCUCAGAUUUUAAGAACCUGCGCUCACAGGAUGGCAUUUGGGUUAGCUGCAGAUUCAUCCCUGACUUAGGACAAGUCAGGAAUUUCCCAGGACCCUAACCAGGUCACAGUGGCAACAGAUCUGGAACCUCAGCCUGUCCAGACACAGGCUCACUCAUUCCCCAGAAAACGGGGAGCCCCAGGCCUGCGGACCUGGGUUCUGCCCCCCAGCUGCACUGAUGCUGCCCCUUCCUCCCUCCCCACCCUCUCCUCUGCUCCAGAACCCACUCCCAACUUAUUUAAACUCUGUUGCAAGUGCAAUAAACCCCACCCACUGCCCCCACUGACCAAAGUUGCUGUCUGUCCUUCUAUCCUAACUCUCCAGACCCAUCCUAGACCCAGAAAGCAGGGCAAAAGAGAAAUAUCUGUCUCCCAUGGGCCUGUUCCCACUAGGAACUAGGUAUGUUAGCCUAGCACCUGCUUUCAAUCCCAGAAUUCUAGAGGGAGAGGCCGGAGGGUCAGUUCAAGGUCAGGGAGAGAACCUGUAGGAGGGAAGGCCUGAAAAGAAGGCUCAGAGGUUAAGAGUCAAUUCCUAGCAAUCACUUGGUAGCUCACAACCAUCUAUAAUAAGAUCUGGUGCCCACUUCUGGCCUUCAGGCAGAACACUAUAUAUAAUAAAUCUUUAAAAAAAAAUAGAAGGGAAGAAAGGAGCCCUGUAGUGGUGGUGCACUCCUUUAAUCCCGGUCCUCAAGAGACAGAGGCAGGCAAUCUCUGAAACAGAGGCUAGUCUGGUCUACAGAGUGAGUUCUAGAACAGCCAGGACUACACAGAGAAACGCUGUCUUAAAAAAAAAGGGGGGAGCUUAUCUCUGUUGUUCCUCAUCCAGCCCCCACCAGAUCUGGGCUUCCCUACCACCAAGGAGCAAAGAAGGAAAUCUCUUCUCUUUGAGGGUUGAGGGUUAUGGAAGAAUGCAGAGAGGUCCCAUUGAGAGGUGAGGAAAGAUUAUACAAAGCACUCACCAGGGUUUCCCUUAAGUCAAAAAAAUAAGAUGAAAAGAAAGCCCAUUAGUUUUUUUCUGUUUGCCUUGCAUAUUUUGUGUGAAUACAUGCCACACACAAAUAACAGAGGUUCAGAGACAAUCUACAGGACUUAGUCUUCUUCCACAUGAGUUUAAGAGUCAAAGUCAGGCCUGGCAGUGGUGACUCCCCCCCCCCAUUUUAAUCCCAGCACUUGGGAGGUAGAGACAGGGGGAUCUCUGAGUUCGAGGCCAGCCUGAUCUACAGAGCAAGUUCAAGUUCAACAGGCUUCAUAGCUACAUCGAGAAACCCUGUCUUGAAAAAAAAAAAAAGAAUCAAACUCAGGUCUUCAAACUUGAUGACAACAACCUUUAAUCCCCAGUCUGCUGUGGAGUUUUGUAUUGGAGUUACUGUUGUGUGCAAGGGUGAGGUGAGGGGUAUUAAAUACUUCACGUGUGCA